GACUUCAAAACUGACCGUGAAGUUUAUUGACUAACUUAGAAUGCGAUUAAACAUCCAGUCCCAGGCAUCAUGUCGCUUCACAAUUGCUGUCUUCUACAACAACACCAUACACAAGCAUCAACUUCAAUGUCCACCCAGCCACAACGAACUCUGCAGUAACGCACAGAGUUACCCUAACAUUUGUUUCUGGACAAGAGCCAGGUUUACUGUGACGGAAGAUCGAUCGAAGGAGCAAAAUGAUCAGUCAGCUAGUAUAUAUGUACACACAAAAGAGGGUGAAAAUUGUUGGAACGCAAAAGGGGUGUGGUUAGUGAAAGUUGAAGACAGCGGGACGUUGAUAAUAACAUCAGUCCGAGAGCUUGCACUCUAAAGCCAGCGAAGUUGAAGGCUUUCCUUAGUUACAUUAGGAUUGACCUAAGUUUAGAAGGGCGAUUCUAGCAAAUAUCGGGG